AACAAAUGUAAAGCAUAACUCAAAGAAGAAAGAAGAAAGUAAUACCAAGGGCACUGUCAGUAAAAAGGAGAAAUCGGCUUCUCCAGAUUGUAUUGUAAUAGACAAUGAAGUUUUAGAUGAAAUAAAUGAGAAUAGUUUUGCUCCCAAACAAUUUACGUCGAAGUCAAAGAAAGUUCCAGAAAAUAUUGUUAUAGACUUAAAGAAAAAUACUAUUAAAGUUCCAGAAAUUGAACAAGAAGAGCCAGAUAGCAUAUUUCAUCAGAACCUAUUUCUAAGUGAUGAAGCUCGCAUGGAAAAGUGGGUGAGAGAACUAUAUUCAUUCCGACAGAAAGCGCUCCAACAAGGCUCCAAAAAUGACCGCUAGGAAAAAGAUGGCGAAAUCGUACUACAUAUUUUUUCUCUUUCUACCCAUAAUCCUCAGUGUCAGUUUUUUAGCAAUUAAACAAAAAACAGUGUUAGAGUUAUGUGAAAUAAACAAAUGCCCAUUUUGUUAUGGAAAGACGUUGUGUAGAGAAAUUACGAAAAAUAAAAUAAAUUUGGAAUAUAAUCGCGUAUCGGAUUUUAUUUAUAACGUUUUUAGUGUUAAGAACGUCUAUUUUGCCCGAUAUAAAACUAAACCAGUAGUUCUAAAAAAGUUAGCGCACACCAACGAACUGAAUAAAUUCGAUAGAGAUAUUAGGGACAAAAUAAUUAAUUAUAAGGCUUUAAAGAGUGAAUUGAAGUUCAAGUUAAGAGGAAUGGAUGAGAAAGUACCCUUCCCCCCUUUCUAUGUUUGCGAUGAUGAUACAUUCGAACUAUUUUUCGACAGUUUCAAUACCACCAACAUAAAAACGACCUAUACAAUUCUAAGCAUUAACGCAGAACCAGUUUUACUCGAGAUGUUUAGUAAAAAGAAGUACUUUCCUGUUCCGAAGUUGUAUGGUACUUGUGGUAGAAUGAUUGUCCAGGAAAAUUUCGGAAAAUCGGUAAACAAUAUAGAAAAAUUCUCGUGGUACAAGAGGGCACUAGUUGCCUAUAAAAUCCUUCAAGGUGUUCAAAAUUUUACUGAAAAUCACGAAGAUUUUCGACUGUAUCUUACUGAUAUUUCUCCAGAUAAUGUGGUAGUGGAUGAAGAUUUAAAUGUUAGCUUUAUUGAUAUGGAAAAUGCGAUUAUAAAGAAGAAGACUAAUACAACUGAAAAAGUACAUUACAGUAACCAUGAUAUUGACGAAUAUUCAUUUAGUCCAAGAGAAAUAUGCGAGUCCGAUAGAAGUGAUCACAACAUCUAUGGUGUCUGCAGGUUACUGCUAUCAAAAAAUGCAUUGUGGCCAAUGAUGGACGGUGGGCUCCUCCACAACCCUCCAAGGGAAGUGACAAGUAGACAUUGGAAGCUGUUUGACGCCAUCGAAGCGUGUGUUCAUUCUCCAGAUGAAAUUAAUAGAUUUGACUUAAGCAGACAGAUUUUGAAUAAACUUCAUGCUAUUCUUCGAUAUGCAAGAGCAAACAAAUUAUUUUAAACGUUGUUUUAAACUAUUUCACACUAUACCAAAUCUCCACAUCAAAGAUUUUUGCCCAUCAUGUCCAUUUUAAAAUACAAAUAACGACUAAAGCUACAUUACACUGAUGAAUAUGUAAGUUACUGUUACUACCCCCUACGUAUGCUUGUAAGAACUAUGAAUGUUGGUAAAUGAAUUUACGGAUGCCCCGUAUAGUAUUAUAGUAAUAAACCCCAGUUCUACUUAUAUUUACCAAGUAAGGAAAGUUUAGGGAACUUGCACAAUUUUUUUUUAUUACAUAAUAAUGUUCAGUUUUGUUUAAAAAUGAGAUUUCCAAAAUUUCACGGUUCAAAAACUCGUAAUAACUUAGAAAUACAUAUGUAAAGUCUUCCGCGGUAUAAAAUAGUUCAAACGACCCGUGACGUCACAUAGUUUUACAUUAAGUUUUAUUAUGGUUAUAUUUCGCUGUGUCUAGGUACACGCUAACGUGUACGCAAAUAAAAAAGUUAGGUAUGUACACGCGAAUUAAACUUCAUCAAGCCAGUGACGUUAUUAUUUAGCGUGCGCAGUGACUGUAUAUUUUGGUACAUGCUAUUUUGAUAUGUUUAGCGUGUGUUUGAUAGAAAAAUAUUUGUUAAAGGAAGGGAAGCAGAACUAUUCAGAUGUUUCAAACUUAAUUGUAAUAAAUCAAUGUAUAUAAUAUAUUUUAUAUAAAUAUAUGUAAUAUUUAUAUAAUAUUUAGGUUAGCAAAAUAAAUAUAUGUAUUUAGUUGACAUAACAAGUAGAAAAUGUUGUUAAAAUAAUUUUUAUACGUAAGUUAAUUAUUAUAAUCAAUUAUUCUAAAUGGGAAAUAAGCCACAAUUUAACUAAAAAAAUGAUUUUAUUAACAUUUCGACGUCCAAAUCGGAUGUCAUUGUCAAAAUACAAAAAUUAGUCAGAUUAAAUAAAUUAUUAGAAAAAUGUUUUACCAAGCAACAACAUUUUUGUUUAAUUUCAUAAUAUUUUGUAUUUUGACAACGAAGUCCGAUUUAGACGUCGGAACGUUAAUAAAAUCAUUUUUUGGUUAAAUUGUGGCUUAGUUCCCAUUUAGAAUAGUUGAUUACAAGAAUUCCACAAGGAAAUAGCUUCAGAUUAAGUUAAUUAUUAUUGUGAAAGCUUUAGGUCUUCCUUUUAUUUUAAUUUUGGACGGUAAUACUAUUUUACUUAUAACUAAAAAAAUAUGUAUUAAUUUAUAGUCUCUUAACUUUUUCAUACUGUUUUAAAAUGUUGUUAAACUUAUUAAAACAACUAAAUAAUUGUACACACUGCAUAGUUAAUUUAAAAACAAAACUAAACAAAUAAAAAAUAAGAAUGUUGUUCUGAAGCUAUUUCCUUGUGGCAUUUUUGUAAUUACGUAUUUUUUAUGGGAAAUAAGCCACAAUUUUACUAAAAAAUGAAUUUAUUAACGUUUCGAAGCCCAAAUCGGGUUUCGUUGUCAAAAUACAAAAUACUAUUAAAAUAAAACAAACAUGUUGUUGCUAAGUAAAAAAAUUCUUCUAAUAAUUUAUUUAAUCUGACUCAUUUAUAUUGGCAAUUCAGACGUAUAUUAUAAAAUAAGAAAUAAUAUAUAAAAUAAAUAUAAUGUAUAAAAAAUAAGAAAUCUCUUCACUAAUCAAUACUAAAAUUAAAGUGUAAUUACAACGCGAUUAAACAAAUUACAACAUUCUGACACUCUAAUUUUUUAAUUUCCGUACACGUUAGCGUGUACCUAGACACAACGUUAUAUUUAGGUAUAUUCUUCUUCUCCUUCUUUAGUUUAUUGGCCUCCACCUACUUGGAUAUUCGGCAAGCUCGUCGUCGGAGAAUUAAGGAAAAAUAUUUAUAUUCUAAUGACAUUAAUUAUCGUAUGUCGUUGUAAUAAUAUAUACCAGUUUGUUGAGAUUGGAGUUUGAUACAGUUUUUGAAGAAAAGUAAAGAAGGUUUACUAUUGAAAAUAAAACCAUUUUGUAAAAGUGCCAAUUUUCUAUGAAUAGUUCAAACGAUCAAAAACACUUGUAACGUGACAUAAAUUUAUUUUCUACUGACGUUUAUAACGUCUAAUUUAAAAUUAUAUACAAUUUUGUUUACUUUUUGGUGUAAAAUGUAAAUGCACAACCAUAUGACGUCACGACGCGUUUUGGGCCACCUGUUUGAAUUUGAAUUUGUAAUCGUCUUUAGGGGCCAAACGAAAGACAAACAAAACUUUUUUAUCUUUGAUACAUGUUUUAAAUUAUGUUCUGUUGUGAUUUAUAACAUUUUUUUCGAAUUUAAAAAUUUAUGCAAGUUCCCUAUUGUAAUUUUGUCAUCUAUUUGUGAGCUGCUAAAGAAUGUGUUAGCUGUAAUAAGGAGAAUGAUAUAAUUAAACUAUCAGUAGAUUUUAUGGAUAUACACAGCGCGUCAGAGAAAACGAGCCACCCACAAAAUAGGUCAUUUUUGAUGUUGCGAAUUUCCUAAAACUCUUGUCCGAUUUAAGUGAUUUUUUUAAUAUAGCCUUUUUCUUUUACAAUAUAGCUGUAAUAAUAUUGCUGCUAGACAGGUAAAUUGUCAUUGUAGACCGGGUGUACCAAUCAAAUUGUGUUUUUUCUUAAAGUUCACCACACCCUGUGGAAUAUUCUAGAAUUUAUAAAAUACUGAAAUUAAAACCUAACUAUGCCCAAUCUCAGGUUUCUUAACAUUCUGUUUUUUAUUCAUUAGCUUAUGUUUAUGUUGGAUAAUAAAAAAGUUAGGUACUUUAAGAACUAGCCAUGUUCUUCAUCAAUACAGGGUGUUUCUAAAUAAGUGGGACAAACUUUAAGGGGUAAUUUUGCAUGCAAAAAAUAAUGACCGUUUGCUUGAUAAACAUAUGUCUGCAAAUGCUCCGUUUCCGAGAUACGCGAUGUUGAAUUUUUUCUUACAAACUGACAAUUUAUUUAUUCCUCUAAAACCGGUUGAGAGAUGCAAAUGGAAUUUGGUAGUUUUCAAAAGGUAGUUAUUGGGCAUUUUUUGACAUGCAAUUAAGAAAUUCACCAUUAGCCUCCAUACGGGUAAUAUCACCCGUAUGCACGCCAAUGGUGAAUAUAAAAUUCUUAAUUGUGUGUAAAAACAAGCUGAAAAUGCGAGCAUUGUCAUAACGAAAACUUUGUAUAUUUACGUAUUUUAAUUCAUAAUAUGGAAAAUUUCUAUUAUGAAAAGUAGUUUAGAAUUAAUAAUUAUGUUUUAGUGUGCAAUUAUAUCAUUCUAAUUUAAAUGUUAUGAACUAUAAAGGUAGUUUACUCUUGAUCGAAAUUCAUAUUUUUUAUAUACCUCGUAUAAAAUUAAUAAAAUUUUUAGACAAGGUGCCCCAAAAGUAGUGGAACGGUCGAAUAUUUCGCGAACUAAACAUCGGAUCGAAAAACUGAAAAAUACGUGUUCAACCAUUUUCAAAAAUCUAUCCAAUGACACCAAACAACAACCUCCACUACACCCCCUGGAGGUGGGGUGGGGGUAACUUUAAAAUCUCAAAUGGAAACCCCUAGAUUUUUUGCAGAUUUGGAUUCGUUACGUAAAAGUACGCAACUUUUAUUCGAGACAUUUUUUCGAACUGUGGAUAGAUGGCGCUAUAAUUGGGAAAAACGAUUUAUCCUGAUACCAUGGGUAAGUUAUAGAAACGGUCUAAUAUCUCGAGAAAUACACUUCCAAAUGAGAAACCAAACAAAUUUUUUUAAUACUUUUCGAAAACCUAUCGAUAAACACUAAACAUGACCCUCCAACCCACUCCCUGGAGGUGGGGUGGGGGUAUCUUUAAAAUAUUAAAUAGCAACCCCCAUUUUUUAUUACAGAUUCGGAUUUGUCAUGAAAAACUAAGCAACAUUUAUUCGAAACAUUUUUUAGAAUUGUUGAUAGAUGGCGCUUUAAUUGGAAAAAUACGAUUUAUUAGCGCCAUCUAUCAGCAUUUUUAAAAAAUGUUUCGAAUCUGCAAUAAAAAGUGGGGGUUGCUAUUUAAGAUUUUAAAGUUACCCCCCACCCCACCUCCAGGGGGUGGGUUGGAGGGUCAUGUUUAGUGUUAUUCGAUAGGUUUUCGAAAAGUAUUAAAAAAAUUUGUUUGGUUUCUUAUUUGGAAGUGUAUUUCUCGAGAUAUUAGACCGUUUCUAUAAUUUACCCAUGGUAUCAGGAUAAAUCGUUUUCCCCAAUUAUAGCGCCAUCUAUCCACAGUUCGAAAAAAUGUCUUGGAUAAAAGUUGUUUACUUUUACGUAACGAAUGCAAAUCUGCAAGAAACACUAGGGGUUUCCAUUUAAGAUUUUAAAGGUACACCCCACCCCACCUCCAGGGGGUGUAGUGGGAGUUGGUGUUUGGUGUCAUUGGAUAGAUUUUUGAAAAUGAUUGAACACGUAUUUUUCAGUUUUUCCACCCGAUGUUUAGUUCGCGAAAUAUUUGACCGUUCCCCUACUUUUGGGACACCCUAUAUAUGAUGGUUGCAUCAUAAAUCUUAGAACAUGAAGAGCUUUUUAUGAAGAAUAACUUUUAUUUGUCAAAUUAAAAAUAAAAGAGUUAUAAAUGAAAAUGUUCUUGGUAUCCAUAAUUUGAGAAAAAUCUUCAAAUACUUUUUUCCAUUAGAAGGAUGUACACAGACACAAUAAUGGCUAGUGAUUUUAGUCAAUAAUUUUGCCAAUUCGACAAAAAAAUAAUUUCUAAAUAGUUAAUAAUUAUUACUAAAUAAUUAGUAAUUUUGCCAAUUUCGGCAAAAUUCUCAAAAAGCAAAAAAAUUACCUUCUACAAUCACUAGCCAGUUGUGUCGAGUUUAGGGAACGACUAGGUAUACAUAAUAUUUUAAUUUUAUAGCAACUGGAACAGUUCAUUUAUCAUAAAGGGGAGGCCGUAUUUAUACUGAUGUAAACCUUUUUAAAACUGUUAAUAAAUUAUUGCUUUUAAAAUAUUUAUACUCAAAUUGUAUUUUUGAACAUCUUAUUUAUUUUAUAUAAUAAUUAAAUUCACUAUCAAAUGUCA